CCCUGACAAAUAUGGGUAGGGACGGAUCCACCCCUAAAAAAAAAGCAGGGACAAAUGACACCCCAAAAGUAUCGAUCUACCCAAAUUUAUCAUUAUCUAACAGAUGACGUCAUCACCGUCACGAUCUUCGUUUAGCCUGUGCCAACGUGUCGUUUUUUCACACGCUGGAUGCUAAUGUGUACCAAUCUCGCCCGUUUCAGAGCAAUGGAGCAUGGAAUAUCAAUCAUUUGUGCUGCAGGGAAUAAUGGCCCAAUUCAAAGCUCAGUAGCCAACACAGCCCCCUGGAUUGCUACCAUCGGUGCAAGCACGCUCGACCGGUGGUUUCCAGCCGUAGUUCGAAUGGGUACCGGAAAACUCCUUUACGGAGAAUCAUUGUCCCCAGGAAAGCAGAUGCCAGGUUCUGGAAGUGAACUUAAAGUUGUUUACGUUACCAAAGGGAACACGGGAAGUGAAUUUUGCUUAAGAGGGUCCCUUCCAAGAUCAAAAGUUCGAGGAAAGAUGGUGGUCUGUGAUCGAGGUGUGAACGGUAGAGCAGAGAAGGGUGAAGUAGUAAAGGAGGCUGGUGGUGCUGCAAUGAUACUGGCAAACACAGUGAUAAACUUGGAAGAAGACUCUGUGGAUGCCCAUGUCUUGCCAGCAACUUUGCUUGGCCACGCAGAGGCAAUACAUGUCAUUGCUCCUGGAGUUAAUAUAAUUGCUGCCUGGCCUCAAAAUCUGGCGCCAACAGGACUUCCAGAUGAUUCCAGAAGGGUGAACUUCACUGUCAUGUCAGGGACUUCCAUGGCUUGUCCCCAUGUCAGUGGAAUUGCAGCUCUAAUACACGCAGCACACCCUCAUUGGUCCCCAGCUGCCAUAAAAUCUGCAUUAAGGACAACUGCUGAUACAAAUGAUCACAUGGGGAAACCAAUAAUGGAUGGGAAUAUGCCCGUAAUGAGUUUUGCCAUUGGAGUUGGACAUGUAAACCCACGAAGGGCAAUUAAUCCAGGACUAGUGUAUGACAUUAGGCCAGAUGAGUACAUUGCUCAUCUCUGCACGCUCGGGUACACAAGAUCAGAAAUCUUCACAAUCACACACAAGAAUGUUAGUUGCCAUGAGGUUCUACUCAUCAACAGGGGCUUCAGCCUCAAUUACCCCUCUAUUUCUGUAGUUUUCAAGCAGGGUACAAGAAGGAAGAUGAUCACGAGGAGACUAACUAAUGUGGGGAGUCCUAACUCCAUCUACUCAGUGGAAGUGAAGGCUUUAAAUCCUUAAACGGGCGGGAUUGGUAAUGAUGUACGGACAAUUAUACUCCAUUUAGCUUUAUAAUGGUAGAUUUAGUUUUUAAUUUGAGAUAUUAAAUUUCAGCUGUUUCUUUUGUUUUAAAAUAUCAUUUAUAAUAUAUUUGAUUUGAGGGGAGAGGAGAGAAGUCAUUUAUAUCAUGUUUCUUUUAAUUUUUUCUUGUAAUAUAUAUUAAAUAUAUCAUAUGGAUUAUU